AUGUCGAGAUCACGCUCUUCGCCUGUAGCAGGCUCGUCCCGCUCUCCAUCACCCGAGCCCGUCCCAGCCUCGUCCUACCGCAUCGAACGAUUCGACCCUACUUCUGCCAUCCCGUCCGACUUAAUGGUCACCUCGCGAUCCAAACGAUCCACAGCAGGUAACCGACUCAAAGCUUUACUCGACCAAGAGCUUGAAAAGGAUGACGUCUUCGCCGAGGUCGAAAACGACAUCGAUUUUGAGGCCAAUGAGAACGAAGCCGUCGAUAUCGUCGAUAGCGAUUUCGAUCGCGAGUCGGAUGACGAUGCCAAGGCGGCGGAAGACGAAAGUGAAGGCGAGAGGGAGAUCGAAGCGCAAGAGAAGGCCGACAAGCAAAGGAGAAGAGCACAGGCGAGAAACGUCGGCAUCAUCAAGCGCCCGGCACCGAUCGCACCAAAGACAAGAAGACCGGCACCAACAGCAGAGGCGACCCAAGAAGCGAAACGAAGGCGCAUCAGCUUUGCGCCAGACCAACCAUCUUCGUCCACAUCCAGUCUAGACCCUGGACGCAGAAGAACAUCUGCACGCUCGUUCACUGUACAGUCGAAACGAGAGGUAGAGUCGAGGUUGGAAGAAGCGUCUCAGAGGAGAGCAGCUCAGCCGGUCAAGCAGGUGGUGAGGAAGAAGGCGAGUUUGACCCAGGAUGCAUUGAUUGCAGAGGCGCUCGAGGUGGAAGAGGAAAACAGGGAGAGCUUGAGAAGGUUCUUGGAGCAGGAAGAGGAGAGGCGGGCGAAGCAGAGGCAGAGGAAGGAGAGGAUAACGGGUCCAUUUGUGAGGUGGGUGAGCGUCGGAUUGAAGACUAGGGUUGUAGAGGAGAUCGGUGCGGAUGGCAAGAAGGAGCAUGCGCAUGUGUCUGCAUCGGACAAUGCCAACGCUUCCCCGGCGGCUGAUGUCGAUGCAGAUAAGGCAAUGCCCGUGCAAAAUGCGCAGCAGACGAGUGCGAAGGACAGUGCAGAAGAGAUAGUCACGCAGCCAUCAACCGCGACUCCUGCACAAGUACCAACAGAAAACGCCGCGGCCAUUACCACUUCGUCUGUCAACGGCGGUCAGAGCACAGGCUUGCUACCAGCAGCAGCCAAUGGUCAAGCCUCAGCCGAUAUUCCUUCCCAAUCCGGUUCGCCUUCUUCUCCCCUUCCAACCACCGCAACAUCGCCGCAGCACGGUCCCGUCAAGCCAGCCGAAACUCAACCCUCCACUUCCACCCCAUCAGCAUCGGCAGUCGCCUCCAACGCAUCUCUCACCCUGGACCCCGUCAUCGCCGCACGACAGGAAGCAUCCCUCCUCCGCGCCUCUUCCACCAGCACCACCGCUGCCACUCCCGCCGACCCUUCCUCCUGCUCCUCUUCUUCUCGAUACGAGCUUCAAUCGCGCACGCUGCUGUCCAUCGAACGCCUUCCCGAAGACUGGGAGUGGCUCGACGAGUACAACACCCUCUUCGGCUCCCACUGCUCCUGGGAUUCCUACCCCUUCGUACCCUCGCGCAAUCGACCGCUCAAACCUCGUCAGUCCAUCUGCCCCAUCACCGGUCUUCCCGCUAUCUACAAGGAUCCCCGAACCGGUAUCGCUUAUGGUAGCAAGGAAGCGUACGCAGUGAUUACGAAGUUGUUGGAGGGAAGAUGGAGGUGGACGGGAGGACAUUAUCAAGAUCAUCACGCGGAGACAAAGAAGAAGGUCAAGGGACAGAAAGGUGGUGGUAUGGUCGGAGUGGGUGCCGUUCCCCCGGAAAUGGGGAUAUAUGGCGACGAUGAAGACGAAGCCGGAGCGGCGAAUGUUUGGUCUACAGCUCGAGAACGUCAACCCGCGAUCAAGCUCUCCAAAUCCAUCCCGGAGAAACGCAAACCUGAUCAAACCCCAAAACCGUCAACUCCGUCCCAAACUCAGACCCGACCAUCUCCAACACCACCUCCAAAAAAUCGCUCAAAACCAGGCUUCGACGUCGUACUCACAAACGCCAUCGCCCCCGGCGACGAAAAAUCCGUCCUCGCCGCCGCUCUCUCCCUCCCCGCCGGCUCCACUAGAUCAGGUCGUCGUGUUCAACGCUCUUAA